AUGGCUUCGUGGCUGUUGCUCCCCUUCUCCUCCUUCCCGUGGCCUACCCCGCCCCCACCCGACUCCUCCUCUUGUCGCGGCAGCGACAACGAUGGUGGUGGAGACAGCGGCUAUUGGAGGCUGACCGUCGUCGUAGCCUUCGCAGGCGCGCAAGUCGGCUGCGCUCUUCGUCGCCGCUUCGCCGACCUCCUCCGCUCACCGGAGGUGCGACAUCUUGAUGCCUUGACGAAAAUGGGUAGCUUUUGGUUUGAAGGAUCAGAAUUGUUUACAACAUUCCACAUUCUUGCCGCGAUAGGGCAUGUGUUCUCUGCACCUUAUGUUUGCAGCUCUGCUCUGUUCAGUGGGAAUGGGUCAGGGGGUAGAUACAUUAGUAACGAGAAGUUGUUGUCCAGACAACCUCGUGGAAUCAAUUCCAAGAAGAGGCUCUAG